GCUGAGCGCCUCAUCAUUAUACGCUUGACAUAUGGAGAAUCUUUACCAUUAGCAGAGGCUCUCCUCUCUUGCUAUCCGACCUUCUAGGAUGGAUGGAUAGAAUGAAUGAAUAAGCACGGUCUUCAGCACGGUCGUUUUGAGGUGCCAUUCACGAAGUAUACACCACAGUGAGUUGCACAAAUUUGUUGAGGCUACUUCGCCGACCUGUCCAGCGUUAGCCGUAAUUUGACAGGUAUGUCGGCCUCGGCCUCCCGAAAGCCCGUUGUCAAAAAGAAGCAUGUACGUUUUGCUAGAAUGACAGAUGAGGAUGAAAACGACGACCAGGAAGAUACUCUUUUUGACAAGAGGAAAGACAUUCGGCGGGGUCUGAAGAGUGUUCUAAAAGCAGGGAAGCGGAGGAAAAACCAAGGUUUCGAUGGAGUCGAAAUUAUUGACGGAGCUGGCAGCGACGGUUCUUUGGGAAAUUGCAGACGCUGGAUGGUUACCUUGGCGCUGUGUACAUCCUUCCUUGGACUGGGCAUGAGCAUUUCUGUUGUGGGCCCCACCUUUGAGGACCUUGCCAUCAACGUCAACCAGGACAUCAGUAACAUCUCCUACAUUUUUGUAGGCCGUGCUUCAGGGUACAUUGGUGGCUCAUUAUUUGGAGGGAUUCUCUUUGACCACUUGAACCCUCAUUUGAUGUUGGGAUUCUCCAUGUUGGUCACAGCGUUAGGGAUGUGUGCCAUCCCCUUCUGUAAGAAGGCUGCUAUUCUCACUGUCAUGAUGUCCGGUAUCGGAGCUACUAUGGGUAUUUUAGACACGGGUGGGAAUGUCCUCAUCCUGAACACGUGGCGUAAGCAAGCUGGACCCCACAUGCAAGCUCUCCACUUCAGCUUCGCUGUUGGGGCUUUCGCUUCGCCCAUCAUCGCUAAGCUGAUUUUCGGAACCGACCUGGUCCCGCACAAAAACAUCAGCGCGGUAGCCAUGGUAACCUCCCCACCCGUAACCGACCUGGUCUCCGAAGCCUCCCUCUCCACAGCGCUUCUCUCCGUGAUCCAAAGCUGGACCGUCACCCUCCGAUCCAUGUGGGCCUACGUCGUGAUCGGCUCCUUCCUCUUCCUGGUCUCCCUCCUCUUCUUCUUCAUCUACACCUGCUGCUCACCUUCUCGUGACACGCUCCAGACGCAAGCAGCUAAGCCUCAGGUGUCCAAGAGCCACAACGCUCUCAUCAUCAUGCUCUUCUGGUUCUUCUUCUGGUACGUUGGAGCCGAGGUGGCCUACGGCUCCUUCAUCUUCACCUUCGCCAAGGAUUACGCCCACAUGGAGCAGUCUCAGGCCGCAGGCCUUAACUCUUUAUUCUGGGGGAUGUUUGCAGCUGGCCGGGGCCUGGCUAUCUUCUUUGCUACCUGCAUGCACCCAGGCACUAUGAUCCUGCUGAGUCUGUUGGGCUGCAUGCUGUCCUCCCUGCUACUCACAUUCUUCAACAACGUGCAGCUGGUCCUCUGGAUCUGCACAGGGCUUUACGGCAUCUCCAUGUCCACCACCUUCCCAAGUGGGAUCUCCUGGGUGGAGCAGUACACCACAGUGACUGGCCGCUCGGCCGCCGUGUUUGUGGUGGGCGCGGCCCUGGGGGAGAUGGUGCUGCCUGCUCUCCUGGGCUUCCUCCUGGGGAGGAUCACGGGGGAUCACCCCCUGCUCAUGUACCUGGUUCUGCUCACCUCCACCAUCACCUCCAUCCUCUUCCCGGUCAUGUACAAGUUAGCCAGCACGCCCAGCGGUCCGAGUCGGAGACCCAACGUCAGGGGGUGUCCGGAGCCCGACGACGGGGAGGAUAGACAAGCGUUGCUCGACUCGAGAGCCGACGAGGAGGAGGAGCAGGAGGACGAGGCCGACCAGUGGAACGACGCAGACUUCGAGGUGAUAGAGAUGGACGACGCAGGUCUUCUGAACUCUCCUAAGAAGCCGUUCUCCUCGCCCCCCGACGUGGCUGCUGGGCUGUCAGGGGACACCAGCCCCCUCUUCCCCUCGGCGCUCUCCAAAACCCAGUCCCCUCAACACUCUGGCAGGUUCUCAGACCACCUUCCCCUUCUGGGGGAAUCACCCAGAAGGAAACUACUGCUCUCUCUGGAAAGAGAGAAGAGAGACUAAGACCUCGCAAGGUGGUGACUCCCCCCGGUGAACCUGAGUGCUGUGAAGAUGCUACUGUGUCCUAGGCUAGCUACGUCUACGGAGAAACAUGUCUAUAAACACGAUGUACUUGGCAAUCGUGUGUGAUUUCAUUGUAUCCUUAGCUUUCCUUGUUUGUUCCGUCCUCUCUCAUGCACUGAAUGUUGUUACUGAAAUUAUAUUUGAUCCUUUGGGCUGUGGGUCAUCUAACGCAGCCUUACACAGUUCUUUGGCUGUACAUUUUGCAGACUUGAAAAUUGAUUUCGUAAACACAAAUGAAUUAUAUAAAAUAAUAGCAAUACCGUGUUAAAACUUGAAGACAUUUUCCUUUUCACUUUUUGUUUCAAACAAAUUAGUGCAUUUGAGUUCAAGACCUGGUGUGGCAUGGAUAUUUGUUUUUCCACUUUUUUUUUAAAAUAGAAAAUAAAAAUAUAUUUUCUAAUGUUUUCUAUGUAAUGCAUUGUGAUGAAAUGUGUUGCUGUACUUCCAUUCAGACAUGAUUAUCUUCUUUUUCAAUAAAUUAAAACCUUUGGA